AUGGGAGACAUGUUGUGUGUAAGUGCUGUCAGACCAGGACACUGCAGGUGCUCUUCAGAGAGAAGGGGCUCCCAACAUAUCCAAGGCCUUCUGCACACAGAAGGAGCAUCUACAGCAGAGCUGUCGGAUUUAACCACAGCACCCCUUCCUCUACCCUCACUGCAGCCCCUGCGGCUCCACACCCUCCAAAGUUGGAGGUGCAGGAUGCAGAGGCCUUGGAGUUACCCUGAUCCUUUCCAGGAGCAGGAUGUUGUGGAGAGGUUCAGACGUCAGAGAAAAGGCUUCCCGUUUGGAGCUGCCACAUCCUAUGUACAUCUAGAGAAGCUGUGUGAAGGAUCCUGUGCAACUGUGUACAAGGGGAGCAGCGGGAUCAACGGCCAGUUGGUGCAACUGAAAGUGAUCAGGUUGGAAGCUUCUCUUCUCAAGCAUUUGAAACCUGCCAACAUUGUACCACUUCAUGACGUUAUCCAGACCAAGGAGACAUUAACAUUUGUGUUUGAGUACAUGCACACCCUUUUCUCCUCUUAUUUAGCACACAGAUCAACCCCGCAUCCUGGAAGACUUCAUUGAUGCAAUGUUAUGCUCUUCAUGUUUUUGCGUGGCCUGGCUUACAUCCACCAACAACACAUUCUUCACCGUGAUCUGAAACCCCAGAACUUGCUCAUCAGUUGCCUUGGUGAGCUCAAAUUAGGUGACUUUGGCCUUGCUUGUCCCAAGUCCAUCCCCAGAGAGACAUACUCCUCUGAAGUGGUCACGCUCUGGUACCAUCCUCCUGACGUGUUGCUUGAAGCUACGGAUUAUUCUUCUGAUCUAGGUAUCUGGAGUGCAGGCUGUAUAUUUGUUGAAAUGAUCCAGGGCCAGCCAAUAUUUGCAGGAACUUCUGGUACUUGUGAAGAGCUGACGAAGAUCUGGGCAGUAUUGGGGGUCCCAACCGAGGACACCUGGCUAGGACUUUCCAAGCUCCCUAACUAUAACCCAGAACUGGUUGCUUCCAGGAGACCUCAGAGACUCCGAGUCAUCUGUGACAGAAUUCACAGGGUGCCAGCAGCAGAGGAUUUGGCCUCCAGGAUGCUUACAGCCUUCCCUUGAGGCCGGAUCUCUGCGCAAGAUGCGCUUCUUCAGGGCUUCUUCAGCCCUUUGCCUCCUCAGCUCUAACAUGUUCCUGCUGGAUAAUCAGUGCUCACAGUUCCAGGAGUAAGACUGCAACCUGAAAUCUGUGACCUGUUUGCUUCUUACCAAAAAGGCCAUUUCUCAGGAGGUUCAAGCAAGUUUUGGUAG